CCCCCUGGUGCCGGUACAAAAUGUACUGUAAAUGCAUUCAGUAGUACUGUCCACUGUCCGGUUCGGUACCAGCAGUACAAUUGUAAAAAGCUGUACAGAAGUUGUUUUCAAAGAGUAAAAUAAUUAAAAAGUUGUUAAAUUAGUGUCAAAGUUGACGAGCUUACUACUCCUCAAACUCAGGAUUAUGAUAGUUCUGAAGUAAAGUUUGCACGAGCCACAGCUCAUCAUGCUACCAGCAGACAAGAAUGUUUAAGAAAUCAGUUCUCUUCAAUACCUCCAACAUCAGACUUUGAGGAGGACUGGAGCCAGCAUGAAACAGAUGAAGAGAAGCAGAUAAUUGAUCUGGUGGUUAAUAUUGGGGGAAGGGAGUUGGAAAAGGUAAGCUUGCUGGUUAAUCGUAGGGGAAUUAACAAACUAAACGGAGAAACAAUUUCUGGAGGAAAGUGGAGGAAAACAACUUUGCCAAUUCAUAUUGGAAAUCAGUACCAAGACAAUUACACAAACUCGAAUCAAGAACAUCUGCACUCCAUUCAAAGCCAGUCCAGUCAAGAGGGCUCAUUAGGAUUAAGAACACCUACCAGUCGAUCACUGAGUCCAGUGUUUCUUGAAUAUAAAGAAAAACGUCCCGGUCUUAGGAGACAAAAUACCUUUGUUGAAACUUCAUGCCAAACAACACAAUGCACUGUAACUGUAUUGGACAAGGAAUUUCAAACAGAGAAUAGUCAAGUUCACCUUCAAAACCAAACAGAAACACAAACUGAUUUGAAACAGCACACAGAGUCAUCUUGUCAAACUGAAGUCUUGUGUCUGGAUGAACAAAGCAUACAAUGCAUUAUAGAGAAGACAUGUAGUAACAUAGAGGUGCAAACAGAACUCAGUGCUGAAUCAAAUGAUGGUAAAAAUUUCUCUGAAUUACCUGACAACCAUGAAAGAUGUCAACCUGAUAUUUUACUGACCAAAACACAGCCCCCUAAAAAGCACAUUACAAAUAAUGUAACACAAACAAAUUUACCCUCUCUUACAAAUAGUGAAGCACAGACAGUAACUGAGGAAAAGGUUGUUAGAAAAUCGCCCAAUCAAGCAGACAGAAACUCUACUUUUAUCAAACAUAACACCUUAACAGAUGAAAUUGUUUUUAGGGUUCUGUUGGAACAUGUCGAAGAGUCUUUCUUUGACAAAGAAUCAGUCAAAUCUGAUAUUAUGAAUGCUUUAAAAGUUUCUUCUGAAUCUGAUCCUGGGGUAAACGACUGUGGCCGAAGCCCAUCCUUUGUAUCUUUGGAUGGAGUGCAAAGAGCACUCUCUGAUACACACUACACAGCAUGGAAUGAUGGUAUGAAGCUACAGAUAGACAUUUCCCGCUCUGUAAAUUACAUGGAUUUAUCAAAACUAGGUAAUGAAGGAGAGACCCCAAAUUCAGAUGAAAUCUGGGUCAACGUAGAGGAUGAUAAUAAGUUCCUAACAAGUGACACUGAAACUUAUUCUGUUGCAACUGAUAAGAUAUCAAAUGUGGCAACUUUCAGGGGGCAUGUAGUUGGAGCUAAUGCUGAAAUGUCACAUUUUAUGAGAAGUGUGUCAGAAACAGAGUUAUUGGAACUUGGAAAUGAAAGUUUGAUUAGUGACCUCGAUGCACAACAAUUCUCAGGAGUACAACUUGCUACAAUGAUUCAUCAUGAAAUGGAACCUGUCAAGGAGAGCCUUAAUUCUACAGGACAAACUAUUUCAGGGAUUGCUGAUACUUUGGUGAACAUUCAAACAGGAGUUGAUAACUUGUGUUGUCAUGUUACACAGAUGAAAUCAAAAGUUCUUUCAAAUGGAGAAAAAGAAAAUGAACUGUUUGAUGGAGAUGACAACAAAAUUGAGAUUAUGAAAAAUGGUAAGCUCAAUGGCAAAUCUGAUGAGUUAGUAGACAUGAUUAUGCUAAAGCUAGAGAAGGUUUUAAAAAUCAGGGAUGAUCAACUGGACCAGGCAAUUCAUGUUUUAAAAUCUGAUAAUGAACAUCUCCGGAAAGAACUGCUAGAAUCUAGAAACCAUGAUGCACAAAUACAACACAAUAAUUCAAUAGAGCAACAAAUGAAUGAGCUUUUAGAAAACAUGAGAAAACUUAAACCGAAUUCUCCAAUAUCAUCUGCCUCCUCGAUUGAGGCCAAACAAAGAGAAACUCGGAAAAAGAAAAGAAGAAGUAAAAGUAAAAGCAGCUCAAGAAUGACAAAAGGUUUAGAUUACUUAACUUCUUCUGAUGAGGAUUUGUCAGAGAAAACUGUUAAACCAAUAAGUUCAUUGAAAAUGUUGGCGCCAAACAAAGUUCUUGUUGACACUGAACAACAAACAUAUGAAUCUCUGAACACCCACCAAGAAUGUCAAACAAUAGACUUAACAACAGCAGAUGUGAGCACUCUUACAGAUGUUCUGAAAGAUCAGGAUGAUGCUGUCAUUAAAAAAGAUCAAGAUGGAAAGAGGCUAUCUAGAUCAAAUAGAAAAGAAAAAUUUAACAAGCAUGAUAAAAUUGAAGAGGUUACUGAUUCAAUGACAUUUCUUGGCCAGGGACAUGAUGCAGACGGUGGAACUCCUUCCACUGAUGAUGCGAUCUGUAAUGAAGAGGUAAUCUCUCAAGAUCCUAAAGAAGUAAAGAAGAAAUCUCCUUCUGUCAAAAUGCCUACAAAAAACAAAGAAAAUGAGAAGACCACUUCGCAAGCAGGAAAAAGCCAAUCACUUGACAGGAAAAAAAAGGAUGUGAAGGAUAAAGCAUUACAAAAAAGUAAGUCUGUUGAAAGAAAGCCUGUAGUUAAAGAAGUAAAAAUAAAAGAGAGUCUUGUGGAGAAAAAUAAAUCAAAUGACAAAAAAAUUUUAAGGGAUAAAAACAAUGAUAAAAAGGCAGGGGACAAAAAACCAGAGGAUAAAAAAGAGAAGAAAAUAAGAAAUGAUAAAGAUAAGUCUAAACAGUUAUCAACUAAUCCAAGUUUAUCUACCACCAAUGCUACUAUAAGUAAGAUAAUAGAAGGAGAUGAUUUCAAAAUUACAAUAACUUCAAACCAAGAACUUCAAUCAUGUGAGCUUUCAGAUUUGGAAAAUAGUUCAUCCCCUAGGAAAAAAAUUAUUGUGACUCCAAAAAUGCCAGAUAAAAAGGAUAUUAUCAAAGAAGAAAAACACCAGGAGGCUAAAUCAAAAAAUGGAAGAAUUCCUGUGCAUAAACAGUACAUCAAGGAGAAGAAAGGUAUUCCACCUCCUGAACAAUAUCCAGCAGCUCGACCACCUGCAGAUCAAAUACCAACACCGUCACUCCCAUCAUCAUCCAUGUCGCCUGCGUACCCUGUUUAUUAUGAUUGUCCUGGAUAUAAUCACAACCUUCCACCAACCCCAACACAGGACUAUUCAAUAUGCUCCAAUACAUAUCCAAUCUCAGGUAGAAACACACAAAUGAGCAUGUUUGAGGGGGAAGUUAUUACAAUGCUCAUUAAUCAAGAGUCCAGGGACUCAAAUGUUUAUGAUGCUCCUUUUGGUAUCCCAGACUUUAAUGAAGUUAGGCAGUCUCCUGAUGGAGCAUACAGUUAUGCAAUUGAAGGAACUAUUCCAUCAAGUAUGAGCAAUUUAUCAGAUUUUAAAUAUGAUAAUGAGGAAGAAUGUAGUGAUGGCAUGGAGAGGGAUGUUAUAAUGGAAUUUGUAGUGAUGGAGGAAUCAAUGAAAAGGCAUAAAUUUCAUCCUAAGAGAUCAUCACCCUUCAGAGGGUAUGUAGAGAAAGUAAAGCAUAGAGUCAUACGUGAAUUUGUUCAUUCAGAAAGGACUGCCAAUAAAAGAUCCAAAAUUAAAAGCAAUCCAGCAGAUAUUCCAACAAAGCCCGCGAGUGUUCGUCAAAAAUACAGACGGAAAUUAUGGAGAACACGAGCCCAGUCUGUGUCAACUGAAAAACUUAGCAAAAUAAACUCUUCAAUUGAAAAUGCCAAAGAAAUCCUUCAACAAUCAAAGCGAAAUUGUUUUAGCACUGAUCGUCUUCCAAUGCUAAGUGCAGCUGAGGAGGAAAGAAUAAUAAGAAUCAAAAAGUAUGAGGAUGACUCUGAAAAUUUAUUAGAAAGUAAGCGUCAUUAUGAAAUGAGAAAAAAUAACAAACAAUCUAAAAAAUGCAACAAAGAUGUUCUCAUCUAUGAGAAAGGGCCUUUAAAAUAUUCAGAAAAUUUUAGCAAUAAUAAGGAAUCAGACAGUGGAAUAGAAUCACAAAGUUCAAAAGAAAACUCUUCAGAAACUAUGGUGAUUGAAUCUUCUAGUGAAAGCGGAGUAGAAGUAAAGAAUCCAAGAUUGGAACCUAUAGACAAUUCUGUUAAACGCAUCUUAUCUCCUGAGAUAACCCCUGUGACGGUUGAAUGUUUUAUAGUCUCAAGAGGGUGGCAAAUUGACCAGGCUCAGCUAACAAAUGCUCUUGCCAAGUUGGAUGGUAUUAAUUUUGUCCGAUUGCAAAUUGCAAAUACGAUGAAUCGUGUAUUAGAAAACAUUAGACCAAACAAUGAUGUUGUUCUGGUUCACAUCGGCUCCCAAGAAAUAGGCGAGGCUUGCCACAGCAUAUCAAAUGAAGAUUCUGUUGCAGGGAUGGCGGGAAGUAUUGCUACAGUUUAUUCCAAGCAUAUCAUUACUGCGUGCAGAUCUUUCAGGGAUACAAGUUUUGUUAUAUCUCUUCCUAUUCCUAGAAGUACACCAACAACACCAGGAGAUUGUCUCCAAUUUCAUGAAAGACUAAGAAAUGCCUUCAAUUCUUGUCUGAAAGCAAAUAUUCGAGAGUUUGAUAAUGUCACUCUUUGCACUAAUGACAACCUCGCCACUGAGGAAGGUCAACCCAACAGUAAAUACUAUUCGGACAGUAUUCAUCUGAGCAGUGCUGGGAUGCGAAAGCUAACAAGAAACUGGGAAACUGUUAUCAACAAGAUGAUUAGAACCUCAGAUGGACAUGUGCUCUGCAGGCGUUCCUCUGAAUCCAGUAGCAUUACUAGCAGCUCAUCUGCGGGUUCCUCUACAAGUAAAUCAUCUGUAAUUAGAAAGGAACCAUGGAAACCAUAUUGAGAAUAGGAUUUUUAUAUUGCAGCCAUGCUUAUAAUUCAUCGACUACUCAAGUCCUGAAAUUCAGGAAUUUUUGGUCACAGUUACAAACAAUAAGGAAAAAUAGAAAAAUAUGUUUAGAUAAAAUAUUUGAUGGAUUUAAAACAUCAUGAUUUGGAUAUCUUGUAUUAUUCUUUGAAGUUAUUAAGCAAAAGAGCAUGUCAGCUUUAUGUUUGAAGAAAAAGUAACUUUCUCUGAUGCUUUUUUUGAAUAUUAAUCAAUUUUUUACAUCGUACAUUGUUCGUAAAAGUUUUGUAAUAAAAUAGGCACUUCGCAAUAAAAUAACUCAUGUACAUAAUAUUUUAA